CGCGCCGGCGUCAGUUAAGAAAAAUACUAAGAGCGAAUUACACGCGAUCCAAAGCGAAUUCUACACGUGUUCAAGCUAAGUUAUCAAGUGAAUUUAUUGAGUGAGUUUUAACAAGAAAAUCACCACGAUGCCGGAAGAAAUGCAGACUCAAGCCGAGGUGGAAACCUUCGCGUUCCAGGCUGAGAUCGCUCAGCUUAUGUCAUUGAUCAUCAACACAUUCUACUCGAACAAAGAAAUCUUUCUUCGUGAGCUGAUCUCCAACUCUUCAGAUGCCCUGGACAAGAUCCGGUAUGAAUCCCUCACUGAUCCUUCAAAGCUGGACAGCGGAAAGGAGUUGUACAUUAAGAUUAUCCCGAACAAGAGCGAUGGUACUCUGACGAUUAUCGACACCGGUAUUGGCAUGACUAAAGCCGAUUUGGUGAACAACUUGGGUACGAUCGCGAAAUCUGGUACUAAGGCGUUCAUGGAGGCUCUUCAGGCUGGAGCAGACAUCAGUAUGAUCGGUCAGUUCGGUGUUGGUUUCUACUCUUGCUACCUCGUCGCUGACAGAGUCACUGUCCACUCUAAGCACAAUGACGAUGAGCAGUACAUGUGGGAGUCUUCCGCUGGAGGCUCGUUCACAGUCCGCCCCGACCACGGCGAGCCCCUAGGCCGUGGUACCAAGAUCAUCCUGCACGUCAAGGAAGACCUGUCGGAGUACUUGGAAGAGCAUAAGAUUAAGGAAAUCGUCAAGAAGCACUCUCAGUUCAUCGGCUAUCCCAUCAAGCUGGUCGUUGAGAAGGAACGUGAAAAGGAGCUGUCUGAUGACGAGGCUGAGGAGGAGAAGAAGGAAGAGGAGAAGGAGGAGGAUGAUAAGCCCAAGAUCGAGGAUGUAGGAGAGGAUGAAGAUGAAGACAGCAAGGACAAGAAGAAGAAGAAGAAAACUAUCAAGGAGAAGUACACUGAGGAUGAGGAGCUCAACAAGACCAAGCCCAUCUGGACCCGCAACGCCGACGACAUCACCCAGGAGGAAUACGGUGACUUCUACAAGAGCUUGACCAACGACUGGGAGGACCAUUUGGCUGUCAAGCACUUCUCCGUUGAAGGCCAGCUUGAGUUCAGAGCGCUCCUCUUCGUCCCCAGACGUGCUCCCUUCGAUCUCUUUGAGAACAAGAAGCGCAAGAACAACAUCAAACUGUAUGUCAGACGUGUAUUCAUCAUGGACAACUGCGAGGACCUCAUCCCUGAGUACCUGAACUUCAUCCGGGGUGUGGUUGACUCUGAAGACUUGCCCCUCAACAUCUCUCGUGAAAUGCUCCAACAAAACAAAAUCCUUAAGGUCAUCAGGAAAAAUCUGGUCAAGAAGUGCUUGGAACUCUUUGAGGAACUGGCUGAAGAUAAGGAGAACUACAAGAAGUUCUACGAACAGUUCAGCAAGAACUUGAAGCUGGGUAUCCAUGAGGACUCUCAGAACAGGACAAAGCUGGCUGAUCUGCUCCGUUACCACACAUCGGCUUCAGGCGAUGAGGCUUGCUCUCUCAAGGAGUAUGUCUCCCGCAUGAAGGAGAACCAGAAGCACAUCUACUACAUCACUGGUGAGAACCGUGACCAGGUAGCCAACUCAUCCUUCGUUGAGCGAGUCAAGAAGCGUGGUUAUGAAGUUGUCUACAUGACUGAGCCCAUUGAUGAGUAUGUAGUACAACAAAUGAGGGAGUAUGAUGGCAAGACCCUUGUGUCAGUCACCAAGGAGGGUCUCGAGCUUCCUGAGGAUGAGGAAGAGAAGAAGAAGCGUGAGGAGGACAAAGUCAAGUUUGAAGGUCUCUGCAAGGUCAUGAAGAACAUCCUAGACAACAAAGUUGAGAAGGUCGUCGUCUCCAACAGGUUGGUUGAGUCACCUUGCUGCAUUGUCACCGCUCAGUAUGGUUGGUCUGCAAACAUGGAGCGCAUCAUGAAGGCCCAGGCUCUGAGAGACACUUCGACCAUGGGCUACAUGGCUGCUAAGAAGCACCUUGAGAUCAACCCUGACCACUCGAUCGUUGAGACUUUGAGGCAGAAGGCUGAAGCUGACAAGAAUGACAAAGCCGUAAAGGACUUGGUUAUCCUUCUUUAUGAGACUGCUCUACUGUCGUCUGGAUUUGCCCUUGAUGAGCCCCAGGUGCAUGCAUCUCGCAUCUACCGUAUGAUCAAGCUCGGUCUUGGUAUUGAUGAGGAUGAGCCUAUCCAGAUUGAGGAAUCGAGUGCUGGAGACGUUCCUCCCCUAGAGGGAGACGCUGAUGAUGCCAGCCGCAUGGAAGAAGUAGAUUAAAUAAUUUAGUUCCGCCUCUUUGUUUAUUGAUGUAUGCAAUUGUGUUGGUGUACAGCCAAAGACUGAUUUAGUUCAAACAAAUUCCACUACACUAAAGUUAAAUAAAUGGUAUUUAACAAAUUA